CCUUUGUGAGCUUUGCUCAUCCCUUCAAUUGCCUUAUGUGGUUAUCGGAGAUUUCAAUUCUACCCUUCAUAUGAGUGAAAAGGAUGGUGGUAGCCCUUGGAAUGCUUCCCAGUCGAUAGGCCUGCGGGACUUUAUCCAGGAUCAGGGUCUCCAUGAUCCUGGUUACCUUGGUGAUCAGUUCACUUGGACGAAUAGGAGGAUGGGCUUGGCCUGCGUUCGUGAAAGAUUAGACAGGGCCCUUUGCUCGCAAUCCUGGAUAGAUUGGUUCCCGCAGACCCAGGCCAAACAUUUCACGGACCAAGGUUUUGACCAUCGAGCUCUCCUGCUGUCUGAUAAGCCAUACGCUAGAAAUUGUCGGCCUCUUUUCCGGUUUGAUGCUCGGUGGGCUGAAAAUCCGGAAGUCAGGGCUAUGGUGUCCUAUGUCUGGCAAGAGGAUGUUCAGGGGACGCCCAUGUUCCAUCUCUGGGAACGUCUUAAGAGGCUUCGACAUUUGUUAUAUGACUGGAGUAGGACGGGCACCACCAACUCGCUGCGUAAUAUGAAAACCCUCCAGAGCAAAAUUGAUAGGGUUAAACUCGUCCACCCGAUUGACUAGGAUGAAGUUAGGAACCUGAAGAAGGAAUUGAAUCGGCAAUGGGAGGCUGAGGAGACUUAUUGGCACCAAAAGUCCAGGGUUCACUGGCUGAAAAAGGGAGAUAAAAAUACGGCCUAUUUCCACACAGUGACCAGAGUUCGUCGUAAAAAGAAUUUUGUGGAGGGCCUUCGCAAUGAGAAUGGAGAGUGGAUCACGGAUGAGGCUGGGAAGGCGGGGAUUGCUACGUUGUUUUACCAGCAGCUCUUCACUACAGAGAAUCAAGUGUCCAACAUGGUUGAGCGUGUGGCGGCUUUGCCCGUUACUCAAAGUGUUACGCCUGAAAUGAAUGCCAGCCUAACGGCGGCAGUCCUACCUUGUGAAGUUUGGAAGACGUAUUUGCAAUGGGGUCGAAACAGGCGCCCGGAUCCGAUGGAUUCACUGGGAAAUUUUUCAAAGCCUUCUGGGAUGCGUUUGCAAUGGGGUCGAAACAGCCUAAAAGACUUGCUUGCAUCUUGCCUCAAAUUAUCUCGGAGGGUCAGAAUGCGUUUAUCCGGGAUCGGCAGAUUGUGGAAAAUAUUCUUCUGGGUCAUGAGUUAAUGCGCUAUUUGAAAAUCAAAAAGCAGGGUAAGAAAUGGUACAUGGCUCUGAAGGUUGACGUGGAAAAGGCCUAUGACAGAGUCGAAUGGUCCUUUCUUAUAGCUGUUUUGGCGAAAAUGGGUUUUAACUCGAUCUGGCAAAGAAUGGAUUCUAGAAUGUCUUCGGUCUGCAUCUUUCUCUGUCCUCAUGAAUGGUUCCCCAUCUGGCUACUUCACAUCUUCUAGAGGGCUGCGGCAAGGGGAUCCGCCCUCCCCCCUUUUAUUUGUGCUAUUUACGGAGGGCUUUGCGGCCCUCCUUCGGAAAGCUAUUGUGGAAGGAAGGUUGGAAGGUGUUAAAGUGGCUCCUCGGGCACCCCGGAUCUCUCAUUUAUUUUUCGCUGAUGACUCUUAUUUGUUUUUGAGAGGUUCGCUCCAGGAGUGUGAAAAUUUGAUAGAAGUUCUUGAUGAAUAUGAGGAACUGAGUGGCCAGCGAGUGAACCUGGAUAAAACGGCUGUUUGUUUUAGUAGGAACAUUGUUCAAACGGAUCAAGAGUUUUUGGCUGCUAUUUUGGGUGUGGGAGCGGUGGGGGUUCAUGAUAAAUACCUGGGGCUCCCGACGCUGUUUGAGCGUUCGAAGAUGGCCACCUUUAGGUACCUUGAGGAGAAAUUAUUACAACGGUUUCAGGGAUGGAAACAGAAGACCUUAUCUUGGGCAGCAAAGGAAACUUUGAUAAGUCCAUUGCUCUGGCAUUACCUCUGCAUGUAACGUCUUUCUUCAAGCUGCCGGUCUCGUUGUGUCGCCUCCUGGACAAGCAUGUAGCUCGAUUCUGGUGGGGUGUUACUGAGGACCAUUUUCGGAUUCGGUGGAUGUCCUGGCGCAACAUGUGUCGUAGUAAGCAUGAGGGAGGGAUGGGUUUUCGCCGUUUUGAGCAAUUUAACCAGGCGU